AUGAGGCCUCAGAAUCCUCCCCCAGGCUGGCGUCCCCCUCCACCCGGCGCCGCUCCGCCGUACGGCCUGCCCCCGGGAACCGCUCCGCCAGCACGACCGGGUUUCCCCCCGGGCCAGCACCCCCCGCAACAACCCGGAUUUCCGCGCGGACCCCCUGGUCCGGGACAGGUUCCGCCUGGUGCGCCGGGAUCCGCGCAGCCGGCUGGCGCAAGGCCCGCCGGACCUCCGUUCCCCGGCGGACCGUUCGCCGGCCUUCCGCCGGGCUCGCGGCCCGCAGGUCCGCCUCCCCCGGGGGUUGCGCCACCCGGCGCGCGAGGCCCGCCAGCUGGAUUUGCGGGUCCGCCUGCGGGUUUUCAAGGCCCUCCCGCGGGUGGUCCGCCAGGAGGAGCAGCCCGUCCGCCUGGCCCCUUCGCGGGCCCCCCCGCGGGGGGGCCGCGCCCUGGCGGUCCUCCGCCGGGUUCCGCUCCGCCAGGCGCCGCUCCCCCUGGCGCCCCUCGUCCCGGCGGUCCCCCUGCCGGAUACCCCGGUGCGCCGCAGCAGUACCCUGGCUACCCCCCCCAGCAGCAGGGCCCCCCGCCGCCGGUGCAAGCCCGCCCUCCGCCUGGCGGACCCGCGCCGUAUGGUUCGCCAUCGUACGGCGCUCCGCCGCAGCUGGCGCAGCCAGGCGCGCCUGUUAACGCGCCCGGAGGGCCUCCGCCGCCCUUCGGCGCACCUCACCCUCCGCCUGGCGCUGCGCCGCCGUCAUGGGGGGGAGCCGCCACGCAAUCUGCUCCGCCAACCCAGCAAAUGAGCGCGCUGGCUAUGGGCAGCCCUCCGCCUCCUGUCCCGGGGCAAUACGGUGCGCCGCCCGGGUCCGCCCCGGGGCAAUACGCGCAGCAUACUCCGCCUCCGCCCGGGUCCGCGCCGGGGCAGUACGGGCAGCAUGCGCCGCCUCCGCCGUUCUCCGCCGCCCCCCCGACAGGCCCUCCGCCUGGCGGAGCCAUGAUGCCCGGCGCGGGGCCUCCGCCGCCCUUCGGCGCUCCCCCGACUGCUGGCGCGGGGCAGCGACGCGCGUAUCCCAUGCCCGCGGGAACGCCUCCGGGCGUGGGCCCGCCCCCCCAGUCCCCCGGCAUGCAUCCCCCCUCCCCCACAGCGCCCUUCACAGGGCAGCCGGCGGGGCACCCCCGGGCGUGGGCGCGCCACCCCAGUCCCCGGGCAUGGGCGGACAUGCGCCCCCUUCCCCCGGGAUGGGCGCGCGGCAGCCCAUGGCGCCCUUCACAGGCCAGGCGCCGGGGCAGCAGGGGUACGCGCCCUAAGCUCCCCCACUCAUUUUGUUCCUCCUCCUCCCUCUUCCCCCCUCCCUCUCCCCCUGCCCCCCUCCCUCUCCCCCUUCCCCCCUCCCUCUCCCCCUUCCCCCCUCCCUCCCCCGUCGACCCUCUUCUCUUCCCACCUUCCCACUCCUCAGCCCCCGGGCGUGGGCGCGCCCCCCCAGUCCCCAGGCAUGGGCGGACAUGCGCCCACCUCCCCCGGGAUGGGCGCGCGGCAGCCCAUGGCGCCCUUCACAGGCCUCUCUCCCCUCCGUUUUUCCCCUCUCCUCCCCCACCCCAGCCUCCGGGCGUGGGCGCGCCCCCCCAGUCCCCCGGAAUGCAGCCCCCUUCCCCCGGCAUGGGCGCGCGGCAGCCCAUGGCGCCCUUCACAGGCCAGCCGGCGGGACAGCAGGGGUCCGCUCGUGCCCUAACCUCCCUCUCUCGUUCUCCGCUGUUCCCUCCGGGCGUGGGCGCCCCUCCCCAGUCCCCGGGCAUGGGCGGACAUGCGCCCCCCUCCCCCGGCAUGGGCGCGCGGCAGCCCAUGGCGCCCUUCACAGGCCAGGCGGCGGGGCAGCAGGGGUCGGCGCCCGGGUCUCGGAUCGACCCCAACCAGAUCCCCCGCCCUCCCCCUCCUGCGGACGCGUUUCUCUUUGAGACGCGGGUCAACGGCACGGCUAACCUGCCUCCGGCUGCCACGUCAUCGUUUGUGGUCCGCGACACGGGAAACUGCAGCCCCCGAUUUAUCCGAGCAUCGCUGAACCAGAUACCUCUCUCUGCGGAUCUCCUCACCACCUCCGCCAUGCCUCUCAGCAUCAUGAUCCAGCCAUUCGCCUUGCAGGACCCGGCUGACACGCCCGUGCAUGUGGUGGACUUUGGCGAGAUGGGCCCCGUCAGGUGCCACCGCUGCAAGGCAUACAUCAACCCAUUCAUGCGAUUCGUGGACCAUGGGAGGAAGUUCAUCUGCAACCUGUGUGGCGUAUCCAACGAGACUCCCCGUGAGUACGUGUGCAAUCUUGGCCCGGAUGGCAGGCGACGAGACGCGGACGAGCGGCCGGAGCUGAUGCACGGGAGCGUGGAGUUUGUGGCUCCCAAGGAGUACUCGAUCCGCGAUGCCAUGCCGCCGGUCUACUUCUUUCUUCUGGAUGUCUCUUUUAACGCUGUCGCCUCCGGAGCUGCCUCGGCUGCCUGCUCCUCCAUCUCCCGCAUUCUCCAGGACCUGCCUGAGGGUGGUCGCACGCUCGUUGCAUUCGCCACAUUUAACUCCACCAUCCAAUUCUACAGCCUCAACAGCUCCCUGGCGCAGCCGUCCAUGCUGGUGGUCCCAGAGGUGGAGGACGUCUACACCCCCCUGCCGUCAGACCUCAUCGUUCCGCUUGACGAGGCACGGGAGCGGCUGCAGCAGCUUCUGGAGUCGAUUCCUCAGAUGUUUGCCGAGACACGUGUUGCUGAUUCGUGCCUGGGGGCAGCGCUGCAGGGUGCUUUCCUUGCUAUGAAGAAAACAGGAGGCCGGAUCCUCGCCUUCCAGUCAGUUCUCCCCUCUGUGGGCCUCGGUUCACUUUCCUCUCGAGAGGCCGAAGGGAGGGCGAAUGCGACAGUGGCGGAUAAAGACGUGCUGAAGCUGCUGCAGCCCAGCGACAAGCAGCUGAGGCCGAUGGCGGAGGAAAUGGCGGACUUCCAAGUGGCGGUGGACAUUUUUCUGACCACCCAGGGGUUCGCUGAUGCAGCUUCCAUCGCUGUCGUUCCCAGGAUUACAGGCGGGCAG